CGCCCACAACCGCCAAUCGACUGAAUUCAGCCCAACACGGCGACAGGCGAAAACUGCAGGAAGACGACAAGCAAGAAGUGACGCAUGGCGGCCGCUCAACUCUGGUCUGCACUGACCACAGCCAGCAACGAGGAUGUGGUGGCGCUCUUUCCUUCUGUCAAGGACAUGCUUGUGCAAGGCCUGACAUACUUCAAACCACGCAGUGCUGCAUCUUGCUCAAAGCUGAAGAAGGAAGUUGGGGACACCGCCACGCGCAAUUUCCUCCUGGAUCUCAGCGAGGCUUUGAACUUGGAUGAGCUGCAGACGCGCAAGGUGUUUUCGGACUAUGCCGCGUCUCCGCGCCUCAACGCGCUGAACGAGGAGCUCGAGAGCUACAUUGCAGCCCAGCUUGCAGACACAGACCGCCGCGACGCACUCUUUCAGCAGGUGUGCAACUUCUACUUUGAGGAGCGGCUGCAUGUCCUGCAGUGCCAGCAGUAUCUCCUCGGCCACAGCAACGAGAAGGACGUCCAGGGCCUCUGCCUCAACGUCUUCGACAGAAAGGAUGGCAAGCAGCAGGAUGCAUGCUUCGCCAACACCAUCAAGGUCAUGAAAUCGUCCUCCCUGGACUCGUAUCUUGCAGCCGCCCUCAGCCCCCAGAAUGCAACCGACUCCACCAAGAAACCCAAAGGCUCAGCAUCAACAGAUGUACCAGCUCUCAAGGGUGUUGGGCAGAAGUGCGUGCUGUUCGUGCAGGCGCUGCGGGAGCGGAUUGAGCAAUUUCGCGUCGUCGCCCUCGUCCUGCAGGCGUUUGUGCCGACGGCUGCAGAUGUGCGCGACGUUUGCGACCUGUACGAUCUUCCGGUUCUGGAGAGCUUGUCGGGGAUGCAAGAGAGCGGGCUGCUUUCCCGCGUCCAAGCCGACUAUCGCACCAUGCUCUGCCAAGCCAAGAGCCUUCGAGUUGCUGUUCUACUGCAGGCGAUGCAGCUGUAUUCCUUUGAGGAAAUGGUGCUUGACCUCGUUCAACGGGUGCGUGAGGCGACGCCACUGGACGACUGCCUGCUGCUGUCCUAUUUCAAGGACAUGAAACCGCUCACGGCUGCAGCGCACAAGUGGGGGAAGCAACUCAAGACACUCCCAACAUCGAGCGCGAGGCACGCGGAUGCGGAGGCGGCGGCGGAUCUGGUGCUGCUGUCACCGGUGCUGAUGGCGUGGGCGUACACCACCCGCAACGCAAAGGCCUACAUGCAGGACGCAAACACAGAGGCAGGCGCUGCUACCAACCUCGAUGACCUCUCCUUCGACGACACGAAUGUGCGCUUCCUGCACACGCGCUAUGCACAGACAUUCGCCGCAGUCCUCUCCAAGUCAUCAACGCCGGCGUUCUCUGUGCAUCCGUGGGAGCAGCUGCUGCAGUGCGUGCGUGUGUGCGCGCAGGGCCUUGGCGACGUACAUGCGCUGACGAGCGUCUAUCUGCGGCAGGAGGAACUGCUGUACAUCCUCGAGGGCCUUGCUCUGGGAAUCUACAACGCCAUCGACCUCUGCUUGAUCGACUUCCCUGAAUUGGGCACGUUUGAGUUUGACCAGGUGACGAGCCUGCUUGGCUCUGUGCUGACGUAUCUCCCGCAGCAGGCGAGCCAGAUCCUUGACCAGCACCAGCGCCACGACAAGUGCCCCGUCGCCACCCUCCUCGCCACCCACCUCGCCAGCUUCCCCUACCGCGGGCUGCCGGUGCUGCACACGCUGCUGUGCAUCUGCCGCUGCCACCACCGCUAUGCAGACAGCGGCGACGACGCAGCCGCACAGCUCGUCGAAAAGGUCACGGCGCUGCUGGCGAAUGUGCCGGGCUUCACAUACGAGAGCUCCACCACCGACGAGAACAAGCUCUGGAUGCGUGACACGGCUGCCAUCGACGAGGAGAUGCACGUUCGGGCCCUUCGCGACUUUGACGUCACAUUCGGGAGCAUCGUUGUUCCGAUCACUGCGGGCACCGCUGGUCGAAUCCUCACACAGCGCGACAACAACAUCCUCAUCGAGUGGUCGUGCCCCCACAGUGGCUGGUUCUUUCUCCUGCAGCUGGCGCAGGAUGCCCUCUGCAACGGAACACCGCUGGUGCAGCAACCUGUCGACUUUGUGGAGACGCUCGUGCAAGUUCUCUCCCUCCUGUGCGAAACCAGGUCUGGCCUUGUUGCGCUGACGUCGCACCUGACGGCGGUGACAGCUGCUAUUGGCCAGCCAGAUGACAACAUCCUCCUCAACUUCGUGUUCAGCACGCUGAAGAGUGCCCUGGGAGUGGAGUGGCCGCCGCUUGCGCUCAUUGCCAGCUGCUUUGAUUUCCUGCGCGCAUACGCCGAUUUCGACCCCGCGUGUGUGUGGGAGCGACUGCUUGAGGACGGCCUCUACAUGAGCCAGGGCGUUGCGACGCCACUCCGCGGCGUUCUCUUCAACUACGAGCAGCGCGAGGGCGCCUACCCAGUCACGACAGCAUAUGUUGAGCUCAUUGCAAAGCUGUUUGCCGUCGCCCACGUCACAUCAGAGGCGGAUAGCCCCGUUGACUGGAUGCCGAUGCUGCCCAUGGCGCAGUUUCUCCUGCGAGAGGCGUUCAGGGAGCACGUCGCGUGGUACUUCAAGGUCCCCACAGACAAGCAAGCGCUGGCCGUCCGCCUGUUGCGCCUAGCACGCCUCAUCCUCAACUCUUACAAGGACAAGACAGCUGACAUCACCCCACAAUGCCGUGCCAUGGUUGAUGCGUUGGCGCAGCAGCUGCUGGAAGAUGUACUCGACAACCCGCACUUUGCAGUGACCGUGUUCGCGCACGUCGGCAAAGGCCACAACGCCCUUGAAGAGCUGUUUGCCACCUGGCGCACGCUUGAGGCCCAGCUCACCAUCAAGGUGCUGUUUGACGGACUGUUUGUGAUCCACUCUGCGCUGGCGGCGGCGUCGCGGGAUUCGGACCGCACGUCCGCUACCGCCCUCGAGCUCCUCUUCCUCCACAGACACAGCACCGCUGCAACAGCAACCACCGCCGCCACAGCAGCAGGCGCCGCAGCGUCAACGGCAACGGCAGCUGUGGCGGCGACAACGGGCGCAGGCGGGUCCUCGCGUGUGCGUAGGACAGAGCACAGCCUCAUCUUCUCGCUGGCGUCGCUUGUGCAGACCACCCGCUCCACAGAUCUGCCCAUUGUGUGCACGCGCAUCCUGACGCUGCUGUGCCACAGCACUGCGCGGUGGGGCAUUGCCUCCCUCGCCAGCGCGCUCGGCCCGCACCUGCCAGACCUCAGAGACUGCUUCCUUCGCAGGCUCGAGGACCCGGAAUCAUCUGCCAGCAUCUUAACCGCAAUCUUCGAAUUUCUGAAGGAGGUGGCAAAGUCACAGCCGAGUCUGACGCGGCAGUUUGUGGACUUCAAACGCAAGUCGGCGCCAAAGGAAGAUGCCAAGGGGUCGGCAAAGACAUCCACUGUCCAAUACGGCGAGAGAAGUUUCAUCCCAAAGUUGCUGCAGGUGCUUGAGGGCCGCGAUCAGUGGCUGCAGGCAGAACCAGCGCUGUACCUCGCAGCAAUGGAGCUUGUGGGCGCAAUUUGGACGUCGCAGGUGGCGACGCUGCUGCGGCAGAAUGCAGAGUUUUGGAAGGCCGUCAUGUUUGUUGUCGAGGACAAGGACUGCACGAAGCAGUACACAUAUCGCGGUGGCGAUGAUGGUGAUGAUGGUGAUGGUGGUGCAGCGGCGAUGAGUGAGCAGGACAGGCGCCGCAAGCUCGUGGUCAUUCCACGCUGCCAGGCAAUUGCGUUGGGCAUCAUCACGCUCGAGUGCUACAAUGCGCAGGCCAGCGAGAAGCACUUCAAGGCGCCGCUGGACAUUGCCGUUGACUUUGUGGAGACCUUUGAGCUGCAUCCACGCAUUGAUGACAACGAGACGGGCGUUGCCGCUCUGCUGUUGGUGUCGGCGUGGUGCGACUUUUGCAGCACCGUGUAUUUCCCAAAGCACUACAGCCCUGCGCCGUCAUACCACGUGUUGGAGGCGCGGCCAGCCACGUACUCUUUCCUUCUCACCCACAUGCUCAAGUGCAUCCGCGACCACAUGCACGACCUCUCUGUUCAGGUGCAAUCAAAUGGCAAGGCAGGAUGGACACGCGCCAAGUAUCACCGCGCCAUUGCCGUCCACUUGGCAGAAGUCUUGAUCAUCUUCUCGCGACGCCUCGACUCGAAAGUCCACGGGAUCAAAGCAGACGCCAUUGUUGAGCUGUUUAACUUGAUGCGGGUUGUGCUGGCGCGGGCGUGCGAUUACCAAGAGGAGACGACGGAGUUGCGUGUGCACUUGUAUGGCGCACUCAUGAUGAUGCUCCAGCGGUUGCAUUGCAAAGAAAAGGCAAAGGAAGAUGCGAUUGCAGAUGCGUGCACGGGCAUGUUCCCGCUGGUGUGGGAGGCGUUUCUGCAAGACAUGCGCGACCACCAGAUGCUGCAGCUCACGGCGUCCGCUGACCAAGCCCUCAUGAAGAGGAAGAAGCAGCAACAGGAACAACAACAGCAGCAGCAGCAGCCAGGGCAGCAGCAGGCUUGGGGUGACCAAGGCAAGCAGGCCACAGAUCAGAAACAUCAGAAGCAGCCGUCGACCACCCAACGGGCGCUGCCUGUGCGUGAUGCCGGGCUGACUGUCCUCAGUGUUCUGAUGCGGCGUGCGGCAGACAAGUCGCUGGUUGCCCAAACGAUGCGGGAGAACGGAGCUCUAGACCUGCUGCUGGACGUGAUGGCCGAUGCUAUUGCCACACAGCGCAACGCGAAGAUGGCACACUCCCUCAUGCACCUGUUUGUCGCAGCCGCGCUGUCGCCGGACACAGCAGCCGCCCUCUGCUCAACGCCACGCGUGCGCGGGCACGGAGGCCUGCUGUCUCGUGUAACACAGUCGUUUGCAGUGCUGUGGGAGCAGCACAAGUCAACCCGCAUCAUGGACCCGUACAUCACAAAGAACGGAGAGGUGUCUGUCAACGAGUGGCAUCAGCUGUGGUGUCGCUUCAUCGCGCUGCAAGGACGCUUGGUCCAGCACGUUGGUCAUGCCUGGCACUGCCUGCAUGAUGCAAUCCGCUUCCUGCGCAUCUUCGACAGCAUCCUCUUCUCUGCGCUCAGCAGCUUCCCGAGCCAGCGGGUGCAAUUGCAGCAGCUUCGGCAAGUGGACACGAUGUUGGAGUUCCUGGUGCACCUGGGCCUGCAUCGUGACGCGUGGGUGAAGGCCAUGCCAGCGCUGCUCGACCCAUCUGGCUUCCUUGCGCUCCUUGCAAACAUCUACCAACAUGCGGUGCACGUGGCUCGCUCCCCGUAUCGCUGCAACGAGUUUGUCGUGCCCACAACCGCAGACGAGAAGGACCUGCAAGGAAAGCGCGGCGCGCGGCCGGUGUCGCCGCUCACGCCGACGUCCUCAGAUUCGGAGAUGCGCGUGCAGCUCUCGCACUUGGGAUCUCAAUGCGCGGACCGACUGCUCAACAUCAUCGUUAACAGCAGCACGCUCAUUCGUCUUCUCACGAGCAGGAAGCGCCUCAGCGAGCCAGCGGAUGUCAUGGCAACAUCGUCGGUGUUUGCGACGGAGCUGACGUCGAGUACAUCAACUCAGCCCUCUCUGGGCACCCUGCUCUCCAGCAUGGAUUUUGCAAGAAGAGCAGCGGCGCAGUUUGGCGGCGAAGACGGUGAGGAGAAAGACAAGCUGUUCAACUUGGCGUUUGACAACGCCCUCUACCUCUUCGUGUCCCAGGCAUUGUGGUAUCAGUUGCACUUUCCCGAUUCUCUACACCCCUCUGCGGUUGUCUCCACCCUCAAGACGCGACUCAGGCAUGAGAAGCGGCAUGCGCCAACACCACAUGGAGCCACUGUGCUGCCACCAACGUCCCCUGUACACGCGAAACCGCUCGUUGAUAUUUAUCAGGGCGAAGACUCGCUGUACAAGUUGACAUGCAAGUACUUGGACACGAUGAUUCGACGCCGCUGAUGCAACGUGCCCACGACCUGAUGCCAUUGGAUUGGCUGCUGUGCGCAGCGCCUCUGUGUGGAGCGAAGGUUGAGUGGCGGGAAGUUGUCUGUCGUGGCAAUAGUUUGCGCUACUCAUCGGGGAGUAAACCGUGCUGCUUGACACUGG